AAGCUAAGCUGUAAACUCCUGGGUGCCAGGGCCAGAACCCUAACUGGCAUCUCUCCCUGCUGGUUCUGAGGCUUAGUUCCCUGUGCAUCUUGUUUUGCUCCCACCUUCCCUUUUCCCCAGUCAUGUGAUGCAGGAAGAGAGCGCAAAUGAUAUGGAAUGUGAGCAGCUGCCAGCAGAGAUACUGCGACAAGUGACCGUUCACCGAGACCCUAUAUAUGGCUUUGGCUUCGUGGCUGGCAGUGAGAGGCCUGUGGUGGUUCGAUCUGUGAGGCCAGGAGGCCCCUCUGAGAACAAGCUCCUGGCUGGUGACCAGAUUGUGGCUAUUAAUGAGGAAGACGUGAGUGAAGCCCCGAGGGAGAGACUCAUAGAACUUAUCAGGAGCGCUAAGGAAUUCAUCGUUCUUACAGUUCUGCACACUCAUCAGUCCCCCAAAUCUGCUUUCAUCAGUGCUGCGAAGAAGGCCAAGUUGAGGUCCAAUCCUGUGAAGGUUCGAUUUUCUGAGCAGGUGGCAGUUGGAGAAACAGAUGCAAAAAUGAUGAAGAAGGAAGCUCUCCUCCUCAUCCCUAACGUUCUGAAGGUUUUCUUAGAAAAUGGGCAGAUCAAGUCAUUCACAUUUGAUGGUCGGACCACUGUUAAGGAUGUGAUGUUGACAUUACAGGACCGCCUUUCCCUGAGGUACAUUGAGCACUUUGCUCUUGUCCUUGAGUAUGCCGGGCCAGAACAGAAUCACAAGUUUCUGCUUCUUCAGGACAAGCAACCGCUGGCUUAUGUGGUACAGCGGACACACUAUCACGGAAUGAAAUGCCUCUUCCGAAUAAGCUUCUUUCCCAAAGACCCUGUGGAGCUGCUGCGUCGGGAUCCUGCUGCUUUUGAGUAUCUAUACAUCCAGAGUCGGAAUGAUGUUAUUCGAGAACGCUUUGGAAUGGAUCCCAAGCCAGAGAUGCUUUUGGGCCUUGCUGCACUCCACAUCUAUAUCACUGUCUCAGCCACUCGACCUAGUCAGAAGAUCUCGCUCAAGAAUGUGGAGAAGGAGUGGGGCCUGGAACCCUUUCUUCCCCCCUCCCUCCUGCAGGGCAUCAAAGAGAAGAACCUCCGGAAAUCUCUCUCUCAGCAACUGAAGGCUCACCAAACACAUCCUUCCUGCGGCACCAAGGGCUCUGCAAUUCAGGCAAAGCUCCAGUAUCUACGAAUUCUGAAUGAACUUCCUACCUUCACGGGCGUUUUGUUCAACACUGUAGGCCUGGAUGAGAAGCAGUCGGCCACCACGCUCCUGGUGGGACCCCGUCAUGGCAUCAGCCAUGUUAUUGACCUCAAAACCAACCUCACCACUGUGCUGUCCGAGUUCAGCAAGAUCAGCAAGAUCCAGCUGUUCCGGGAGAACCAGGGCGUGGCCCGGGUGGAGACCAGCAUCAUGGAUGCCAAGCCUCUGGUGCUGUUGAUGGAGUGGCCUGAAGCCACCAACUUUGCCUGCCUGAUCGCGGGGUACUGCCGCCUCUUGCUGGAUUCCAGGAAGAUGGUCUUCUCCAGGCCUGCCAGCCAGCCACUUCCACCUCCAAUGAUCAAGGCAGAUUACAUGCACAGCGCCCACCGCCCUGUCACUGGGGGCCACCUGGGGAAAAAGGAGAGUAGUUAUGUGGGCAGCAUGGGCACCAGCCCCAGGAAAUCGAGCCGCUGCACGCCCCCGCCUGCCGACUCUGAGCUUGUCAGCUUCUGCUACCUCCAUAUGCGGGAACAAAGGAAGGAGCAGGAAAGCCGGACAGAUGUCAACGAGAACCUAAUCUUCUUUGAGGAGACCAGGCCCCGAACCAAGUCUGACCCCACAUCCAAAAGCUCUGGCCAAGGUUAUGAGGUAGUCCCUGAUGACUUUGAUGCAGCUAGCCUAGACCACGAGCCUUGUGCCAGCAGGGCCCGGUCCUACACCUUGGACAAUUCCCUUGGGGCUGAAGCCCUGACUUUCUACUGUGACUCUUGCAAAGCCAAACUUCAGGAGCAGCUGGGCCCUCGCAAAGGUGGGAAGCCUGGCUCCUCUCGUGACAAUAUAGUAGAUUUGAUGUCCCUCCCACCACCUGGGAGUGAGGAGGAGGAGGAGGAGGAAAAUGAGACAACUUCUCUGUUGCCAGCCAUUGCUGCCCCACCCCCUGGUUUCCGAGACAACAGCUCUGAUGAGGAUGACCCCAAGCGCCGGGCUGUCCAGAGCCAGGAACAAGGACGCCACCUGCGUGGGCUUCUGUACGAUGAGAUUCCAGUGACAUUGAUUGACAGUGUGCAGACCCGGACAGUUCGAGAUCAUGCCCAGGAGCUAGAUGAUGCCCUGGUGUCCACUCUGCAGGCUCUAGAAGCCCUGGCUGCAUCCGAGGAUGGACCACACCCACCACCCCCACAGACUGCAGGUCUGAUUGUGCUGGCCACAAUCACUCCUGAAUCAUCGCUGGACUCAGGUCAUGAAACCAACUCUUCAGAGCUCACAGACAUGUCAGAGAUGAUGUCGGCCAUGAAGCAGCACCAGAACACCACCUACUUCCUGGCCCAGCACCUCAACAAGGACAGCCUCCUUGCCCGCAAGGACCUGCCCUUCCGGAUCCAGAGCUGUGCAGCCCAGGCCGUUCUUACGGCCCCUUACUCUCUUGGGCGCCCGGAUCCCAACCCAUCUCUCCAACCCAUUGCCACAGGCCAGAGUCCUGGCCCCCCUGGCGCUCGGAGGAAGCUGCCCCAGUCAGAGGGCCAGGUACAGGGAGAACGAACAUACUCCUUGGCAGUGCACCCAGCACUGUCCCCACAGCUUAGUGAACAGAAGAAUCUGAGUCUGCUGUCCCCAGUUCCUGAGGACAAAGGGCCUGGCCACACUAGGGCAGGCCUAGAAAUGUCACUGAGGGCAGCCACAUCAUCCCUCAGUGAAGAGCAGGUCUCUGAGCUGAGGGACAACCUGCCCAAGGAGGUCAGGUUGAGCCCCAAGCUUAUCCUCGACCCAAAGAGCAGUGUGACCCCUGCCAUCAUCUCAGCCGCCCUACAGCAAGUGGUUCACAGUAAGAGUCUAGUCACUGCUGGUGGGGCUUUGGGGAACCCCCCCAGCAGGGGUGAGAGAAGGCUGGAGGCCAGCAUGGGGAGGCCAGAGGUUAGCAUGAUGAGCAGCAGUGCCAGUAAGAAUCUGAAGUUCAAAAUUAGCCCCAGUGCUCCAGAGACCUCACGGAAUUCUCAACAUCAGCUGGGCGCAGAGGUCUCUUCCAGCCCCAGAGCACCCACAGGCAGCCGGGCUGACAGCCUGCACCUCUCCCAACAAGAGGACAGUCUGCCUGUUCAAAAUUUCCCUCCCAAAAGCUAUCUUUUGCGAACAAGCCGAGAGUCAGUGGGCAAGCAAGCUACAGGGGAGGUGGCAGGCAAAGGCGGGCCAGUGGGUGGUAAGCCCACCCUGCAGAAGCAGGGCACCAUCUCCAGCCAAGGGGAGAAGGCGCAGCUGGAGAGCACACCCAAAAGAAGCAAGCUCGAAGAGACCAGCCUGGUUCCCCGAGCUACCUACCCCAUGGCUCUGCAGAGCCCCAGCUGCCAGUCAAGAAGCCACAGCCCCAGCUGCCAGCCUCAUGGCCACAGCCCCAGCAGCCAGUCUCGAGGUCAGAGCCCCAGCUGCCAACCUCGAGGCCAGAGCCCACUGAGGUCUCAGGCUGCCAGCAGGCAGGUGAGCACCAUGCCCUCUAGGAAGCUUGAAACAACUCUCAAUGGAGCCCACUCGACCUCUGAAGGCCCUGCCAAACCCAAGUCAUCCCGAGGUCCUUUCCGGCUACGCAAUUUAUUCUCUGCCACCUUCCCAACCCGCCAGAAGAAGGAGACAGAUGAGCGGCAGGCCCAACUGCAGAAGGUAAAGCAGUAUGAACUGGAGUUCCUUGAGGAACUUCUAAAGCCACCAAGCCAGGGGGAGCUGCCAGGCACCGAGUACCUGCAACCUCCAGCACCUGGCCGCUGCAGCUGCCAGCUCCGCAGCAGCCCUGUGCAGCAGGGGCCUGGCAUGUCCCGUGAGCAGAGGCGCAGCUGUGACUGCAAGCGCAUCUGCCGGGGGGGCCGGCCACAAGCCACCCAGACACCAGUGCCCAGCCUCCGGGGGAGGGAAAGGGACAGAGUCCUCCCUAGCCAGAGGCAGCCAGAGGCUAGCCCAGGCGUGAGCCUCAGCAGCCCCAUCAAUGUCCAGCGCAUUCGUUCUACCAGCCUGGAGUCCCGAGAGUGCCGAUCGGACCCUGAGAGUGGUGUUUCGUGCCUGACCACGUGUGCCUCGGGGGGCGAGUGUCUGGGAGCUCCCAAUUACAGGAAACUGAUGCGCCGCUACAGUAUCAGUGAGCUGGACCAGGGUGACAGGGCCUCGCUGACCUCGGAUGUCUACCCACAUCCUCCCCUGGGCAUGCUGCCCAGGGAGGCCAAGGAGGUAGAGGCAAGCCUCCCCAUAGCCUUGGGUCCCAAAAGCAGGUCUCUGGAGUCACCGACGCUGGGAGACCCCUCCUAUGUCCAGGUUGCCCCAGAGACCAAAGGCCCCAGACAGAUGGCCGUGUUCUCACUGCCCGAGGAGGUGUACCGGAAGCCUGCCGAGCUAGACGAGGACAGUGAGAGCAGCAAGUGCUGCUCCAUCCGCUACUGCUUCUACUACCGCAAGUGUGACAUGGCAGAUGAUGCCAGUGAUGGCAAGGAUGAGCUCUCCUACUCUAUCCCCAUGAAGAUCCUGCCUGGCAUGAAGCUGGACGAGCAGGUGGUGCCUGUGGUGAGCAGGACCCUGCAGGUGCUGGAUGCUGCUACCUGCAGCAGCAGCAGCCCUGAGGCCUCCCGCACUCAGGAGAUUGACCUCCGUGUCUCCACCUUCGAGGGGAGCCUGGCCAAGAUCAAUGCCCUGCGGGCCCAUGCCUAUGGCCUCCCUGAUGGCUUCCUGGCUGCCCGGCUGGACACCAAUGAGCUGCUGACAGUCCUGCGGCAGUGUGUGGCCAGCCCCGAGGCCCGUGCCCCCAAGCCCUAUGUGUCUCAGAUCUCCGAGUAUAAGCUUGAGCUAGCUCUCAAGUUCAAGGAGCUCCGGGCCUCCUGCCGCCGUGUGGCCAAUGUGGACAAGAGCCCAACUCACAUGCUGGCAGCCAUCACGGGCAGCUUCCAGGUGCUGAGCAGCCUCAUUGAGACCUUCGUGCGGCUGGUGUUCAUUGUGCGCUCCGAGGCCCAGCGCCAAGAGCUGCUGGCCAAGGUAGAAGAGGUGGUGAGGAACUACACCUUCCUGCUGCGUGCAGCUGAGGAGUCCACAGCCCGUAACCUUAACCAGCAGCAGCAGCAACAACAACAGCAGCAGCAGCAACAACAACAGCAGCAGCAGCAACAACAACAGCAGCAGCAGCAACAACAACAGCAGCAGCAGCAACAACAACAGCAGCAGCAGCAACAACAACAGCAGCAGCAACAACAGCAGCAGCAGCAGCAGCAGGUGGCAGCAGCUGCAGGGGCAGCCACAGAGCAUCCACCAGGCUCCCCAACUUCGGCGACUGUUAUGAGCACAUUCACCCACUCCUUAAAAACCCUUAUUAAGUAGGGCAUCUGCCCACACCUGUCCCCCUUCCCCAACCAUGGCCCCAGGUUUGAGCUUUGUGGUCCUUGCAUCUUGUGGUGAGUGUGUGUGUGUCUGCUGGGCCAGUCAGGGUCCAAGAGCCCAUCAGUCUCCGGGGAGUGGAAACUCUCUUGAUUGAGGCUCUCUCUUAAGGGCUGCAGGCUUAGCUGCCGCCCUGGGUGUCCUCACCCCUUCCCUGGCCUCUGGGCCUCACUGUGAGGGCAAAGGCCCCUCUUCACUCUGCUCACAGCAGAGCUGUAUUUUAUCUCUUCUCUGGGGCUGAGAGGUGACAUCAGGCUCACUUCCUGCUCAAUCCGUGUUGGGCGCUGGGGGAGCCAGGGCCUGAAGCAAGCGGACCCUCAGGCUUUGAGCUCCUCAUGGCAUCGGCUCCCCUGCUGGGAGCAGUGGCAGUAGCAGCAGGCCACAUUGCCGUGCCAAGGGGAGAGGGCGCUCAGUCCAGAUGUGCCCAUCCACCUUGGGCUCACACUCACCUGGCAGAUGCCACCCUGGGGGCCUGUGCAUGGGUGAGAUGUCUGCAGAAAACAGCCACACUAGGCUGUUUGCAGCGGCCCAACUGGCCGGCAGCCUGGUGAGCCCUCACCUCCAGGUCCAGUAGCUCCACACCAGCCAUCCCCAAAGUGCCCUGCCCCUCACUGAUGGGCAGGGCAGCUCAGUCCACUAGGGAGCAAGCAUCUGGGAUCACCCCACUCAUUUUGGGUAAGGUACCUGAUGAAAACGUCUGCCUGGGGAGACCCAGUGCAGGCCUAGGAGCUCGCCUAGCCCGGCCCAGCCCAGCUCAGGGGCUGUUGCUGCAGGCAUGAGGCUUCUCUCUCAACAUCUCUCUACCAGACAGACUGUCCUUGGGAGUUUGACUUAGCUGUGGA